AUGCAUUCAAUUCUAAAAUCAACUUGCACAACUUUUCGAACAUAUGUAACAAUUUUACAAAAACCUCGAAUUUUAUUAGGUUUAGGAAAUUUAUGCGAUAACCCUGGAGCAACAAAGCAGCGUAAACGUGUCGGUCGCGGACCUGCUUCAGGACAUGGCAAAACUUGCGGUCGAGGUCAAAAGGGUCAGAAAGCAAGAGGUGGUAAUGGUAAACCAAGACGUGGCUUUGAAGGUGGUCAGACAACUGUUAGCGUAGCAUUUCCGAAGCGUGGUUUUCAUAAUCGGAAUGAAAAAACUUAUGCUCCUUUAAACCUUGAUCGUCUCCAACACUGGAUAAAUAUCGGUAGAAUUGAUCCCUCGCAAACAAUUACCAUGAAACAUCUUUUAGAUACGAGAUGUGUACACGGUGUUAAAGAUGGUGUCAAAUUGUUGGCUGAUGGUUCACAUUAUUUCAAAACCCCAAUUACAAUUGAGGUCGCUCGUGCAUCUCAAGCUGCAAUUAAAGCUGUUGAAAAAGCUGGUGGUAAGGUUACCUGUAGAUAUUAUAACAGACUUGCUUUAAGAGCUACUAUUAAACCAGAGAAGUUUUGGAGGAUACCAAAAUUUGCUGCUCCUGUCAAAGCAAAAGAUAUCGAAUGGUACUCGAAUUACAAAAACAGAGGUUAUCUCUCUAAAAAGCUCGCCGGUCUGCCUAUAACUCAAUCAAAUGCUCAAAUGGCCGCAAGCACUAUAUAA